UGUCAUUUGCAAAUGUCACUGAGGCAAAUUUCAAAAUAUAUCUGUGUCACAUAAAAUUUCAGCUUUAAGCAAAAGCAAGUGUACGUUGAAACCGCGUAAGCUUGAUUCAAAUUCUUUCACUCCAACUUUUUGGGCCAACUAAAUUUCUUCUUAAAAAAUUUACCCAUUGGUCAAUCUUGGCCAUGAAGUUGUUAUCCUUUCUGGACAAUUCACAUGCCGUCGAAGUAUCGAUUUGUCAAACCCUCUCGAAUGCAGCGAACAGUUGCGCCCUGCUACCCUUCGCCAGGACCAAGAAUACGCCCACUGUGAAGCAACUGUACAAACUUCAGAAGCAUCUGGAGUCCGAUCUCUUGGCAUGCGAUGCUCGCCUCUCGCUCUUUGUGGCAGCUGCCAACAGCUAUCGCUGCGAGUCGCUACUGUGUCCCUUUCCGGAGGAUUUUCUUGACAGCAAACAGCGUCCCAAUAUGAAUGCCAUCUUCGAUGUGAUUGCCGACUUCGAUCGCCUUGAGUUCAUUCUGCAACAGAUACUCACUGGCAACUACAGCAGCGGUCACAAGAAUGUCUUCAAGUUGCUUUAUGCUGUGCUGGUGAAGCACGGCGAACGUGUUGCACUCAGCACUCUGCAACCGUGUGAGUUCGAAGAACUCUAUACGCAUCUCAAGAUAUCUGCUCCCUCGACGCCGCCCACACAGAUCUUUGAAGUAACCCCGAGCCUCAAGUGUGCCCACACCAAGGCUUACUCUUCACUCCGGGAUCAGUAUCCGGUGAAGAUCGGUUUCUAUGGCGGCAAGCUGGAGGAGUUGUAUUCUAUGCUGACUGUCGGUUGUUUGCCCCUGGACGAACCCAUUCGACUCUUUUGCAAUGUGGACGAUGCCCUCAGUCAGAGUCAGUAUGGCAGCAGCUGGGGCGCCUCACGCUGUGGCGCCUUGCUCAGUUGUGUGGCGGUUGUCGAGUUCGCUGUGAUGCCAACGCUUGUGAUCAAGGAUGAGGAGCAACGGCACGUCAUUGUCCAUGAUGCCGAUUGCAUUCAGAUAUCGUAUUUGCUGUUCUUCGGCAAGAGUUUCACACAGUACGAAACGGCUUUGAUGUUGCAACCGAGAGUUUACGUUGAUUGGGAUGCCACCUUUAGGUGGCUAGCGUCGAAGAAAUAUGCUAUUUCACUGGGCGUAUACUUGAUGAUGCUCUCGAUGUCGAUGUCCAGUGGCCGGGGCGUGCUCUACAGACUGGCCACUAGUGGAAUCUACGCUAUAAGAAAAGGCUUUCUACCAAUUUAAAAAAAAUCUACUUUUUUCCACAUUUAUCGACAGAUUUAUUCAAUCUUUUGUUCUCCAAAAUAUAAGAACAAUAGAUUGUGGAUAUUUGCCAAUAAUUCUGGGAGAAUUCCAUACAAAUUAUUAGAGAGAAGUUUCUACAUUAUUUUUUUAAAGAAUUUGAAGUGAAUAAAAACUGAAAAGACAAAGCGACUCAAGGGCAAGUGCAAGAGGGGUGAAGUGUUGGCAUGAGUCACAGCCGAGCAUAAAUAACAACAAUUUAGCAUUACAAGUGACGUAGUAAAAAUUUAUAUGCUCUCGCACAUUUUCAAUUUUCUGCAAUUUUUCCAGCAAUUGUGUGAAAUUCCUUGCGGCAAUUCGUCGGAGGAGCAUCGAAGGAGGGCAGAGGCACGCAGUAGACGUUGCAUAAAAGGGACGUGGUCAGAUUUGUGUGUUGGCGAGUGACUGAGCGAGUUUGUGUGUGUGCGUGUGUGUGUGAGUGCAGCCAGUCUAUCCCUUAUGCCAUACAACAACGAAUACCGAAUGCUGAACAUACUGAAACUUGGCAUUAUGUGUUGCCGGACACUUUUAGGGUCACACAAUUUACCAGCUCUUUUUUUUUCUUCUUCAACUUUUUUAUGGCGACCACAACUAUGCCAGUGUACACUGGACGAGUGUGUGUGUGCAUUUUUUACAUAUGCUCGUCUAGUUUGCUGCUACAAGUUAUGCGGAGAAUUUGCUGAGGACUUUGGCAGACGUGGCCAGGACAUUGCUGGCAUUUGUAAACGUAACUUGUGCUGACAGAGGCAUUCGCGAAAUACUUUUGUAAGCCCAUAUUUCAUUGCAUUUAAGUAACACAACAGUUGCAAUUACCCCUGGCCAAAUAGCUAUCAAUUAUUUGGAGAUCGAGCUGAGUUCAGCAGCUAUCAUUACCCCAACUAUAGCUAGACCUGAUCCCAGCAGCCAUUAAUAAACGCACACAUCAAACUUGGCACUGUCACAUAAAAUUCAAUUUAGUGGCUUUUAUGCUACGACAACGACAACAACAAAAAGAAAAGCGAAAAGAACUUGGCUAAGUCACAAAAAAGGGCAGCAACCCUCAUCGCUCGGUUUUUACGCAGCUAAGCUGAAUGCACAUUAGCAUGAGCUCGACUUCAGGUUAACGCCACAUAGGUCGGGGGGUUCAGGCAUCUGAGAACUGCGAACUGAAGUGGCAAAUGGGAAGUGGAAAGUGGAGAGUGGACGGUGGGCGGGGGGCAGAACGCACUUACGCCUGGGUGAUGGUCCCAGUUCGCUUCCUUCCACCACACACUGCACUCGACCUGAAAUCAAAAUAAAUGUCAACGCUGCUGUCACACAAAGCAGGCAGGCAGCGAAGUCUGCCCUCGUUCUGAGGGUUUACUGUAAACGCGUUUUGGGGUCUAAGUUUUUGACUUCCUUAAUGACACUGUGGCGAUGAUGAUGACAACAACCAGCACAACACGAACACGAGGACGAACGACGUCAUCAAUGCCAUCAGCAUCAACAUCAGCAUCAGCAUCAACAUCAGCUUCGGCAUCAGUGUUGGAGCGCCACAAGUUGAUGAUGCAAUUUAAGAGCUUUCUGGCUUCCCUUCAAGUCGAGCGUCGAGCGUCGAGAGUUGGCUGCCUGGCGCCAUUCUUCGUUUUGAUAAUCUAACAAAAUUGAUAAGGUGUGAAAUUCUUGAUUUUAUUUUCUGCGUUCUGCGCAAGAAAAUGCUUUUUCUUGCCAAUUUUUUCUCCUUCUCUCUGUCACUUUUCUUUCCUCCACCGCUUUUCG